AUGAGAAGGAGGAUAAGUGGCAACACAGACGGGAUGCCAUGUGUUGAAAUAAAGGAUGUGGACCUGUUGAGUUGCGAAUGCCUCAGUGACCUUAGACCAAGCAAGAUGUAUGAAAAGCACAAUAACGAAGAAGAAGCUAUUGAAUUACUGGAGAGCUACAAAGUGCAAGCCAUCAUUGGUCCCCAGAAAUCAUCAGAGGCUGUGUUCAUAUCUAAUAUUGGAAAUGUAACCCAAGUCCCCAUAAUAUCAUUCACAGCAACAAGCCCAUCCCUCACUUAUAAUAGUAUGCCGUAUUUUGUACGAGCAACGUUGGAUGACUCAACUCAGGUGAAAAGCAUUGCCGCGCUUGUACAAGCAUGUGGAUGGAGAGAAGUGGUGGCAGUAUAUGAAGACACUGACUAUGGGAGAGGCAUCCUACCAUACCUCACUGAUGCACUUCAAGAAAUUGAUGUCCGUGUUCCGUAUCGCAGCGCCAUCCCUUCGUCGGCUACAAACGAAACCAUUAUGCAAGAACUCGGUGUGUUGAUAGCAAUGCAAACAAGGGUAUUUAUUGUUCAUAUGUCAUCCAUUAUGGCUUCCCUUAUUUUUACGAAAGCAAAAGAGGUAGGGAUGAUGAACAAAGGAUUUGCGUGGAUCACUACAAAUGGAGUAGCAAACAUCAUCGACUCACUCAAUCCAAGUGUCAUUGAGGCAAUGGAAGGUGUCCUAGGAGUAAGGUGUCAUGUUCCCAGAUCACAAGAACUUGAUAAUUUAUCCAUAAGGUGGAACAGAAUGUACCAACAGGAUAACCCAUAUGAAUCACCCUUUAAUAAACUAAGCAUUGUUGGACUAUGGGGCUAUGAUACGAUAUGGGCAAUUGCACAUGCAGCAGAAAAGGUUGGGAUAUCCAGUGCUAGAGAUAAGCAACCAUGGCCCACUAAAAGCUCCACAUGCUUGGAAUCCAUGGUUAUUUCCACUAAUGGUCCUGAACUCUUAUCAGUGAUCGUACAAAAUAAGUUCAGAGGUUUAAGUGGUGAAUUUGACCUUACAGAUAGACAACAGCUUAAAGUUUCUGUGUUCCAAAUAAUAAAUGUGGUUGAGAGAGGUUGGAGAGAAAUCGGGUUUUGGACUGUGAAUGGACUUUUACGGAAGUUAAAGCGAGAUUACUCUAAAAAAACAGGACAAGCAUCAAUGCUUGAUCUAAAUCCUGUAAUUUGGCCAGGAGAGUCCACCGAAAUACCAAUGGGCUGGGAAAUUCCUAGAGUUGGUAAGAAGCUUAGAGUCGGUGUGUGCUCUAGCGAAUUUACAGAGUUUAUAAAGACAUACAAAGAUCCUAUCACAAAUGCAACAACAGCGAGUGGCCUUUCAAUUGACAUAUUUGAGGAGGCAGUAAAGAGGCUACAUCGUCCGCUUUCUUAUGAAUACCUAGAAUUUGACACUGCUGAUGCACCAAUUUCCGGAAGCUACAAUGAUUUUGUUUAUCAGGUCUACCUUCAGAAAUAUGAAAUAGCGGUUGCAGAUAUUACUAUAAGGUCCAAUAGAUCAUUGUAUGUCGACUUCACUGCACCAUACACAGAAUCUGGAGUAGGGAUGAUUGUUCCAGUCAAGGAAAACGUGAAUACAGACAUGUGGCUUUUCUUGAAACCAUUGAGCACUGAGAUGUGGUUUGGCAGCAUCAAUGCCGCGAAGGAAAUUAGGAGGGUCCUCUUGCAUCAUAAUCAACAAGAGGAAGAGCUGAAACGCUUUCUAGCUAGAAUCGUUCUACGUGUAUGGAGGGUUGUUCUUCUAGUACUUGCAGCAAGUUAUACAGCAAGCUUUGCAUCAAUGCUUACAGUACAGCAGCUUUCACCAACAGUGACCGAUGUUCAUGAACUCCAGAAGAAUGGGCAAUAUGUAGGGUUCCACCAAGGUUCCUAUGUAGAGGGUCUACUGCUUGAUAUUGGUUUUCAUACAUCAAAAAUCAGGCCCUAUGCUACACCUAACGAUUUCUAUAGUGCUCUUUCUAAUGGAAGCAUUGCUGCGCUUGUACAUGAAGUCCCAUACAUCAAACUUUUUCUCGCAAAAUACAGCAAAGGUUACACAAUGGUAGCGCCUAUUUACAAGAGUGUAGGCUUUGCAUUUGCGCUUCCCAGGAAUUCUCCGCUAGCUCCUGAAAUGUCGAGGGCAAUAAUCAACAUAACAGAAGGAGAUACUAUCAUUCAAUUUGAAAAGAAAUGGAUGGGUCAAAAUAGCCAUGAAAAUGAUGGCACACUUGAUGGUUCAGACGCCAUAACUUUUGAAAGUUUUGGGGGAUUAUUCGCUCUAACUGUAAUUGUAACAACCUAUUGCCUUUUGGUAGCCAUGGUGAUGAGCUGCUACAAAAAAUAUCGACAAAAUGCAAGGAACAUAGGAGAGGUGGCCAAAAUGAAUGUGGGCAUGGGCAAAAAGAAGAGGAAACGGGAGAACAGAGGAUAUGACCAAAGUGAAUAUGGACAUGGGCAAAGGAAAAAGAGGAAAUGGAAGAGCAAAGAGAUCAAAAGAGCAAUGGAAACGGAAACUGAAUUGAUAGGGAGCCAAACAACACAGUCAGUGCUUCACAAUCGGAACAGAAACGGUCGCCAGCUACCCAUAUCAGUGCAUCACUGA